AUGUGUGAGACCACAAACAAGGCACGGUACUUCCAAGGGAAAAAAGCUUAUUCUUGUAACUAUUGCGCAGAACAAUGCUCCUUCGCUAAAGAUAUGCAAAACCAUGUAAAAGUACAUAAAAUUAAUAAAUGCCCGCUCUGUGAUGAGAAAUAUGGUGAAAAUAAGAACAAAGCUGACCAUCUCCUCAAGGAACAUAGCGUUGAAGAGAUUGUCGAUGAAGACGGCAACGUGGUGCAAACACACACGUGCACUGUUUGCUGGAAAAAGUACAAGAAAAGGAGCCAGUACAAUUCACAUAUUACAGUUCACAGACCUGUAAAAUGUCGGAAAUGCUUCUUGCAAUUCGACAGAGAUGAAAUCCCGCAACAUUUGAAAGAGGUUCAUAACGAUAUGUCAUUGACUUGUGGGAUUUGUGGUUACCAGGUAUACAAGAACUCCUUAUUAUUAAGGCAUCAAAGGCGAGUGCAUUUAAACGAGAGGAAUUUGACAUGUCACAUUUGCAAUAUGGAACUGUUCGCAAAUGGAGAUCUGAAGAAACAUCUCGUCAAACAUAAUCCUGUGAAGAUUUUCGAAUGCGCUCAUUGUCAAAAGAAAUAUCCGAGACGGACGACUUUUGUGCAACAUUUGAAGAUCCAUAUGGGAGAUAAGAAGGUGUGUCCGAUUUGUGAACAGCGCUUUGUGCAGAAAGCUAGUUUGAACUGCCAUAUGAUCAUGUACCAUCCUGAAACAUGUUGAUUUUAUAUGUAUUACUAGACUACUACAACCUAUUCUUAGACCUAGGAAGUCUAGGUCUAAGAAUAGGUUGUUAUGAAUUUUUAUGCCACUGAAA